AUGAGUCAUUCAGGAGAUCGUUUUACAGACAUCGAACUAGAAAAUAAACGAUUGCCAGCAUGUUUUGGUUACCUUACUUGGAAAUUAUUAUCUCUCGAAGAAGCGAUGAAUGAACUACCAAUUUUUUUAAAAGAAACAAAUCGUUUUGUUGAAGAAGCUAAAAAACAUUGUACACAUCCAAAUGAUCAUAAUUUAACAAAAGAUGAAUCUGCUGCAAUUUACAUUUAUACAAUGGAAAUGUCUGAUGAUUCAUGUGUUUAUCGAAUUUUAAAUGAAACACUUCGUCUAGAAGAUCGAACAAAAGUUCGUCCAUGGUUUGGAUAUUUAAAACUUUUAGAUUCUGCAACAUCAAAAUUACCUAACUUUAAAGGAACUGUUUGGCGUGGUAUUGAUAAAGAUGUUACUAAGUAUUUUAAAAAAGGUCAAAAAAUUACUUGGUGGAGUAUAAGUUCAUGUUCAACAUCUAUUAGUGUUAUUUCUUCAUUUAUUAGCGAAUCUUCUUCAAGUACAUUAUUUAAUAUUGAAUGUUUAAAUGGAAAAUCAAUUGCGUCAUAUACAAAUUAUCCAAAUGAAAAUGAAGUUAUUUUAAUGCCUGGAACAGUAUUUGAAGUUGUAUCUAAUCCAUUAAAUCAUUCAGGAGGAUUAAAUAUUGUUCAUUUAAAAGAAUCAAGUAAUGAUGAACCACCGAGACCACCAAAUCCGAGUAAGUCGUUCAAUUACUAUAUUCAUUAG